UGCUCAGUGGCGCUCGCUCCCGUCCACAGACUCGCACUCACGCACACGCUCGCUCGCUCGCUCCCUCUGCCUCACACACACACACACCACACACACACGGGUCUCUCCCUCGCUCAUGUAGGCAGACGGGGAGACAGAAGAUGGCUGCUGACUCGACAGGGCAUCCAAAACCCAGCCCGGCUGCAUCCCCCGACCCUCCCACAGCUGCCUGCUCCUCCGACACUCACUGACGCCUUCUCCCGGCCCUGAGCCCCCCCCUCCCCGCACACUCUUCUCCUUCCCAACCACCCUAGAACACCAGCAGCCAUUUCAUCUCUACCCACUAGACACAAAAAAUGGCAGAAAUGGAGAAAGAAGGGAGACCUCCAGAAAAUAAACGAAGCAGGAAGCCGGCUCACCCGGUGAAAAGGGAAAUCAAUGAAGAGAUGAAGAACUUUGCAGAAAACACUAUGAAUGAGCUCCUUGGCUGGUAUGGUUAUGAUAAGGUUGAAUUGAAAGAUGGAGAAGAUAUCGAAUUCAGGAACUACUCUGCAGAUGGGGAGAGUCGGCAGCACAUUUCUGUUCUCAAAGAAAAUUCUUUGCCAAAACCAAAAUUACCUGAGGACAGUGUUAUUUCACCGUACAAUAUAAACACAAGCUAUCCAGGGCUUGCUACAGGAAAUGGACUUUCAGACUCACCAGCAGGGUCAAAGGAUCAUGGGAGUGUACCCAUUAUUGUACCAUUAAUUCCACCACCUUUCAUAAAGCCACCAGCAGAAGAUGAUGUGUCAAAUGUACAAAUAAUGUGUGCCUGGUGCCAGAAAGUGGGAAUCAAGCGCUAUUCCCUGAGUAUGGGAAGCGAAGUGAAAUGUUUCUGCAGCGAGAAGUGCUUUGCAGCUUGCCGAAGAGCUUAUUUCAAGAGAAACAAGGCUAGAGAUGAAGAUGGACAUGCUGAAAAUUUUCCCCAGCAGCACUAUGCUAAGGAAACUCCAAGGCUUGCCUUCAAGAAUAACUGCGAACUACUUCAUUCCCGGCACAAAGGAGGGAAGCUAAAACCUACCUACGCAGUAUGUGACUGGUGUAAGCACAUAAGACACACAAAAGAGUAUCUGGAUUUUGGGGACGGGGAACGAAGGCUUCAGUUCUGCAGUGCAAAAUGUCUCAAUCAGUACAAAAUGGACAUUUUCUACAAAGAGACACAGGCCAAUCUUCCAGCUGGACUGUGCAGCACAUUACAUCCUCCAGUCGAAAAUAAAGCAGAAGGCACUGGGGUGCAGCUGCUGACUCCAGAUUCUUGGAAUAUACCGCUAGCAGAUGCUCGGAGAAAGGCCCCAUCCCCAGUGUCUGCAGCUGGCCAAAUUCAAGGUCCUGGACCAUCAGCGUCUACCACUGCCUCUCCGUCUGACACUGCCAACUGCUCUGUCACUAAAAUCCCCACGCCAGUUCCUAAAUCUAUUUCCAUCAAUGAGAAUCCAAAUAUUCCACCCGUUUCUGUUCAGCCACCUGCUAGCAUUGUGCCUCCAAUUGGUGUCCCACCUCGAAGUCCUCCCAUGGUGAUGACAAACCGCGGGCCAGUUCCUCUGCCCAUAUUCAUGGAACAGCAAAUUAUGCAGCAAAUCCGUCCACCAUUUAUUCGAGGGCCACCUCAUCAUGCUUCAAAUCCUAAUAGCCCCUUGUCCAAUCCAAUGAUUCCUGGAAUUGGUCCACCACCAGGUGGUCCCAGAAAUAUGGGUCCCACCUCUAGCCCCAUGCACAGGCCAAUGCUAUCUCCUCAUAUUCAUCCCCCAACAACACCUACCAUUCCUGGAAAUCCUCCAGGCUUACUACCCCCUCCCCCACCAGGGGCUCCUUUGCCUAGUCUUCCCUUUCCCCCUGUCAGCAUGAUGCCAAAUGGUCCUAUGCCUUUGCCACAGAUGAUGAACUUUGGGUUGCCAUCCCUUGCCCCUCUGGUGCCGCCCCCAACCCUGCUAGUGCCAUAUCCUGUCAUUGUUCCGCUACCUGUACCCAUCCCUAUUCCCAUUCCCAUCCCUCACAUCAAUGAUUCCAAGCCCCCCAAUGGCUUCUCCAGCAAUGGUGAAAACUUCAUUCCAAGUACCUCCAGCGAUACGCCUGGAGCAAAGCCAUCAAAUAACUCUACGUCCCCUCGAGAUUCAAAGCAAGGGCCCUCUAAAUCCUCUGACUCAUCACCAAGCUGCUCAGGCCAGUCCUUAAAUCAAGCUCAACUGCUCCAGGAGCAUAAUAAAAAUGAAGUUGUUGAUUUGACUAUCAGAGCUAGUAGUCCAGUGAACAGUAAAUUUAGUUUUUCCAGUGUGCUACAGGGUCCACAGGAUGGUGUGAUAGACCUAACUGUGGGCCACAGGUCUAGGCUACACAAUGUUAUUCACAGGGCUUUACAUGCUCAAGUUAAAGUUGAACGUGAACCUAACAGUGUUGUAAAUUUGGCUUUUGGUAACUCAGAUAAAAGGAACUGCAGCGACUGCAGGGACAAUUGCAGCCCAGUUGAAACAAAAACAUUACCAUGCAGUGACCCAGCUCACUGUGGCCCUGUCUCACUGGCCUCCAGCACUUCAGGACUAGAAACCAGUGGCGCAGCUUGCAAUGUCAUUGUGAAUGGCACGAAGAGCACAGAGGGUUCUAAGAACUCAGAACAGUCUCAAGAGCAGAAAAAGCCUCCACCGCCAGAGGAGUCAGCUGUAAGUGAGUUGGAAUCUGUUAAAGAGAACAACUGUGCAUCCAAUUGCCACCUAGAGGGAGAGGCUGGCAAGAAGAUUGGGGAAGAACCUCUCCCUGGGGGAGACAAGCAAGACCCAAACCUUAACAACCCUGCAGAUGAGGACCAUGCCUAUGCUUUGCGGAUGCUACCCAAGACAGGUUGUGUGAUCCAGCCUGUGCCAAAACCAGCAGAAAAGACUGCGAUAGCACCAUGCAUAAUCUCAACGCCAAUACUCAGCACAGGGCCAGAGGAGCUGGAGCCACCAUUGAAAAGGAGGUGUCUCCGAAUUCGAAAUCAGAAUAAGUAAAGGAAUGCUCACUGACAGGGUACCUUGCAUGGAGAAAGGGAGCAGAGCAGAGCAACCCUUGUCACUUCACCAAAUGACACCAGCUGGUCCGCUCA